AUGGCACCCUCGCCCGUCACAGCCUCCCCAGAAGUCCUGACCCACCUCAAAGACCUACACACCAAAUCCCUAACCCAAGAAUCAACCGUGGACUGGCACAACCUACCGCAACAAUGCAGUCCCGAAUUCGACUCCAUCAUGGUCGACAAGUUCAUCGCACUGGACCAGGACAAGUGCGAACUAGUCUACCACAUCCUGCGCAGCAUCAACGCAAAGACUGCCGUCGAGGCCGGCACCAGCUUCGGCGUUAGCACCAUCUACCUAGCGCUUGCCGUCGCAGAGAAUGCGAAGCGCGUCAGCGCCACCACUAAGCCGCGAGUCAUCGCCACGGAGAAAGAAGAUUCUAAGGCUAAGAUAGCUCGUGAGCAUUGGGCGAAAGCUGGCAAGGAGAUUGAGGAUGUGAUUGAUCUCCGUGUUGGGGAUCUGCGUGAGACUCUUACCUCCGAUUUGGGGACUGUGGAUUUCUUGCUGUUGGAUAUCUGGACGCCUCUCGCCCUCCCUGCGCUGAAGCUUGUUCAGCCGCAUUUCCGGCCUGGCGCCGUGAUCAUCGUUGAUAAUACUGUCAAGGCGAAGGAUAGGUAUCAGGAGCUCUUUGCGUAUGUUGAUGCCGAGGGCAGUGGAUUCCGACGGGUGACGAUGCCGUAUGAGGGGGGUCUUGAUAUGAUUGUUUAUCAAUAG